UUCAUUGCCUGAUACUAUUCCAGAAUUACUCUUAUCUCCUAAUCUAAAAUGCCUGAGAUGACCGAAGCUCUGACCACCAAGCCCGAGGAGGUGAACCAGGAGAAUGACUCCGGAACUGAUUCCGACGGAGAGGAUUCAAUCCCAGAGCUCGAGGAAACUGCUGCAGGUGGAGAGGGUUCCGCUGUGGCUGCUGGAGAUGAUAUGACCGCUGGAAAGAGUAAGCAGAGUAGAGGAGAGAAGAAAGCCAGGAAAAUAAUGUCCAAGCUUGGGCUUAAGCAGGUUACCGGAGUGUCACGAGUAACUAUUCGUAAAUCCAAGAAUAUUCUGUUCGUGAUCAACAAGCCCGAUGUGUACAAGAACCCAGCCAGUGACACCUACAUUGUGUUCGGCGAGGCUAAGAUUGAAGAUCUCUCCCAGCAGGCACAGAUGGAGGCCGCUCAGAAAUUUAAGGCUGCUGAGGCUAGUGCUCCUAGUGAGAUGGGAGGAUCUGGAACUACUGGACACCCCGCUAUCCCAGAGGAAGAUGACGAUGACGAGGAUGUGGAUGAGUCUGGAGUUGAGGCCAAGGAUAUCGAGUUGGUGAUGUCCCAGGCUAACGUAUCCAGGGUUAAAGCCGUGAAAGCCUUGAAGAACAACGCCAACGACAUCGUCAAUGCGAUUAUGGAACUCACGAUGUAGUUCUUAGUCUCCUAUCGUAAUUUCUGUCCUACUUGUAUAAGCAAUUACCUGCGCCAUGAGCUGAUUAUUGAUCUUGUUGCAGAA